AUGUAUGUUAUUCUUUUUAUAAUUGAUGAAGUAUCAAUGAUAUCUAAUUUGACUCUAAUGUACAUACAUCUUCGAUUGUCUGAAAUAUUUGAUUCGAAUGAUUGCGAUGAUGGUUGGUUUGGUAAAAAGCAUAUUCUUCUGUUUGGAGAUUUGCUUCAAUUACCUCCUGUACAUGAAGAUUCUGUCUUUGUAGAUUUGUCAAAUGAAAAAAUUAAUAAAUAUAUCGGUUGCCUAGGGAAUGUGAAUUUGUGGACUACAUUAUUUGAUUACGAUGAAUUGACAAUUAAUAUGCGCCAGCAAGGAGAUGAGUCUUAUCGUGAAUUACUGUCAAGAAUUCGUUUCGGUUUAUUAACAAAGUCUGAUUGUGAAAUUCUAGAAAAUAGAAGAAUAUCUUUUAAAGAAGAUUCCUUCGAGUCAACAUUAAAGGAAUUAUGUAAUUUUAUUACUAAUUUGACAUCAGACAUCGUUUGUUUAUUGCCCACUUGUCACAUGUGUGAUGUUUUAAAUGCUGCAAUGUUAAGUCGUAUUACUUCAAAAGAAAUAUUAUUAAUUGCUGAAGAUACAAUCGAAUGUAUACCAUAUAUAAAAAAGAAAGUAUUAAAAGUGUUGGCAAAUAAUGAUAAUGAUAAUUCAAAAACAGCUGGACUUUCGAAACAAAUUGCUAUUAAAAUUGAGGCAAAAGUAAUGAUAAGACGUAAUAUUGAUGCUAGUCUGGGUCUUGUAAACGGUACAAUUGCUAAAGUCAUUGCAAUUGUACAAGAUGUGUCUACCGGUUAUGUAGAAAAGAUCAAGCUUCUUUUGCCAUCAGGUUUAGAAUAUUUAAUUAAAAGAGUAAGUGUUAAAUUUGUGGUGAUGGAGAAAGCAUAUGUUAUUAGAAAACAAUUUCCAUUGUGUUUGAGUUAUGGAAUUACUAUUCAUAAAAGCCAAGGACUGAGUUUGCAGAAUGCUAUUAUGGACCUAGGUAAUUCAGUAUUUAGUCACGGGCAAAUUUAUGUUGCAUUGUCACGAGUAACAUCUUUAGAUGGGUUGCAUUUAAUUAAUUUCGAUCCUUCAUCUGUAACAGCUGAUGAAGAAGCUAUUAUUGAAUAUAAUCGAUUAAAACAGAUACACAAACCAGCAACAGAAAUAAUGUCUGUUUCGAAAGAAAAGUAUCGUAAAAUAAAAGAUAUUUCAUGGGUACAGCCAAAA